AUGCCAACGUCAAUGGCAAGUACCAGUUAUGCAGUGACGUUACCAGAGCCGGGUGAAGAUGGUACCGUAUUCGCUUAUUUGUUGCUGGCUGGCGUUGACGAAGCUCGGGUGGAUGUCGACGUGCGGUCUGAGGCUGGCAUCAGCGCCAAAGCUACUGUAAUACUCAAUGUAUGUCUCUUUAACAAUGUUAUCACCGUUGCUUACAAUGCACUCCUUGAUACGUGGUGA